AUGGGCAAGCGAGAAAAGAACUUCGACGGAUCGGUCAUGAAGGAGGAGGUCCUCGCUGCUUUAGAAGAACUCUUGAGCUUUCACGAGGAAGACUCGCGUGCAUCUCAAGGUGAGCUGGAGGAGCUGGAUCGCCUUCGAAGGCAGUGCCAAAAGCGAUCUUUGCAAAAUCUUUUUGCUGACGGACGUCGAAGUGCAGUGGCCUUUGCUGAUGUUCUUCGAUGGUGGUGGGAUAUGCCCGAGGAAUAUCGGGAAGCAGCAGGCCUUGCAGUUCCUGCCUCUGAGCUCCGACAGCGACUGCGGCGCCAACCCGAAGAGAUGUUCAGGGGCCCCUUGCGCCGAGUAGCCUCUGAAGCAUCAUUUGCUCGACAGGCACUUCGGGGGCACGUGCGUGCCUUUGCAGAACUCAGGGCAUUGGCUGUCAGGCGAACCAUUGAAGGCUUCUCCAUCCGGUCCACGGCGGAGUCUCGAACCACGACCAGCGACGCGGGUGAUGUCAGUUAUUUAUCGGUUGACGCCGAACAGCUAGAUGAAGAGGCUGUGAUUCUAACUCAGUCUCCUCACUCUCCACAUGUUCUAGGUCCAUCCGCUGCCCAUGCAGAGGAUGUCCAACACCGGGAGGUACAUCCAUGA